GAUAGAUAGAUAGAUAGAUAGAUAGAUAGAUAGAUAGAUAGAUAGAUAGAUAGAUAGAUAGAUAGAUAGAUGGUUUUAUUUUGAAAAGCACGUACUUCCGGUAGUGUGAUGUCGUCUUUCGCUGCAAACUUCACACUGUUGCUAGUGCAGAAAGAAAACAGAAUCAGAGGAAUAAAUGAGGAGGAUGAAAAGUGCCAGCACGUGAAUCUCUAUGUUUGUGUUAAACAAUUAAGACCAAAUGCUCGCGUGUUAGAAGUGAACGGCUUUUCUGGAUAAACGGCACAAUAACGUUUACAUUUCUCCACAGUUUUAAUUCGUUUAAGAUCUACGUUGAAUACAAAACCUUUCGUCUCUAUUUAAAAUAGUUAGACGUGUAAAGUUAUUAUCAUGAUGAAUAAGUAUUAAUUAUGUGAUUUGGCUUGUUGUUAAUAAUUGUAGAGACGCUUCUAAUAAUGUGUUGGACCGUUUUGCCCUUCCAAAUAUGGCGGCACCGGUGAUCCACAAAUUGGUGGUAAAUGCGGUGUUUACCAAGUCACAAAGUUGCAGUUUGUUUGUAGGUUACGUCUGGUAUAACAUUGCGUCCAAGAAUUACACAAAUAUAUUAAAGGAUUUAUAUAUAGCAUAGGUUUUAAUUGGUUAUAUUUAGUAAAAAAUUGUCUUCAUAUAUUUUUUUUCAGGAACGAGAAAGAAAGGUUUAUAUUUGCCACAUUUGCAUUUAUGAAUUUAAAAUGAUGCAUAAAUUAAAAUGAAAUUAAUAAAAUAUGUGUUCCCUUUAUUGGAGGGGACCUUUGUUAAAACAAACAAAACAUUUUCUAAACAUAAAGAAAAAGUGGGGUAUAUAUAUAAUCUAGACAAAUUUUUCUAUGGGUUUCUUAAAUAAAAUAAAAAGAGUGAUGCCAAAAACAAUUAAAACACUGCUGUCUACUAAAGUCAAUUGAACUGACGUCAUGAGAGAAACAAGUGUGUUCAUGUAGUUUUUAAGAUUGCAAGAUUUGCACACAAUAACAGCAACCUCUAAAGAAAAGUGGGGGAAGCUCAUUCUGGAUAUCAUCAAAUUUCAAACUUCCUCUUCUAUUGGAUGUUCUGUGAUCACCUUAUAUUGUUAAAUAAUAUAUAUAUGGACUACAAAGGUCAAUGGCAUCAGGUAUGGGAGGUAUUUAAGCGUUGCCUUGACACAUCUUUAUGUGAAGAUAGCAAAGCAGGAGUGGUUUUAUCACCUGUACUUACAGUAGCUCUUUAUUGAUGUACAAGGGUUGCCAUUUGCUCCUUGGCUUAUAGUCUGUGUCUAGAUCACUUUUACAAACCUCUACAUUUAAUCUCUGUUAAAACAGGCAAGCACAGCAGAAGAAAUGAGUGCCUGUGCAGGACCAAAAAGUGUCAGAGUUGUGGUGGUAGGUUCGGGUUUUGCAGGUUUGGCUGCAGCAUCCACAUUGGUUAAGGCAGGAUUUGAAAAUGUCCUGGUGCUUGAGGCGAAAGAAAGAAUCGGAGGUCGGGUGCACACAGCUAAGCCGUUCACAGAGAAUGUCCUCGAAAUCGGUGCUAACUGGAUUCACGGACAGAAAGGAAACCCUCUUUUCCAGAUCGCAAAAGAAGAGAACCUGCUGUCAGAGGGACCAUCAGCAAGUGUAAACAUGUGCCUGCCGCAUUCGGUAACCCCCCGAGAUUACUUUUUUAGAGAAGAUGGAAAGCAGAUCACAACAAAGGUUGUAGAUCAGGUGUGUUCGCACUUUAGCAAGCUCACCGACAAAGCUUUUGAUGAUGAACUUGAGCGCAAUUACAGAAAACUCUCUCUGGGCGGUUAUCUGGAUGAAGCCUUUGAAGAAUCACCUUUGGCGGCGACAGACGAUGGCAAAAAAGUGUUUGAAUGGUGCAAGAGGAUUGAAUGCACAGAUGAAGCUUGCUCUUCUCUCUACGAGGUGUCUGCAUCUCAGAUUAGUAAUUACACUGAACUAGAAGGAGGUUUCUUUAACACUUUAGGACCAGGUGGCUAUCGAGCAAUCUUAGGUGUUCUCCUUAGAAACCUGCCAGCAGAAACGAUUAAGUGUAAUGCACAGGUAAAGACCAUCCGGUGGGAUUUGAUUAAGAAAGGACAAAAAGAAGAAUCAAGAUAUCCCGUUCAGAUCGUCUGUGAAAAUGGACAAAGCUUUGAGGCGGACCAUGUGAUUGUCACUGUAUCCUUGGGGGCUCUCAAAGACAAAGCAACGACAAUGUUUGAGCCGUCCUUACCAAAAAACAAGCUGAAUGCCAUUGAGAACCUCGGCUUUGGGAUAGUAGACAAAAUUGUCUUGUAUUUUGAGAAGAAGUUUUGGCCGGAGGACUGUGCUGGGGUUCAGUUGGUGUGGAAUGAGGGGCCAGAAGAUAAAGAAGCUUACAAAGCUUUAUCUGAAGGAGAAACCUGGAAGACGACGUGGUACAAGAAGAUCACCGGUUUUGAUACAGUGGCACGUCACCCCACAGCUCUCUUAGGCUGGAUCACAGGUAGAGAAGCACUGUAUAUGGAGACGCUUCCCGACAGUGAAAUUGCUGCUAUCUGUGUAAGGUUGCUGAGGUCUUUCACAGGCUGGUCGGUGCCAGACGUCUCAAAUACGUUAAUUACCAGAUGGGGUACUGAUUCCCAUGUCCAUGGCUCCUAUACAUUUGUUCCUCAAGGUGUUGAUGGAGUGAAAGAACAUAAGGCUUUGGCAUCCCCUCUUCCCCCUAAAGAUAAAGGCAGGGGAAGAAAGCACCUCCAGGUGUUGUUUGCUGGUGAAGCUACACAUGUGAACUUCUACACCACGACCCAUGGAGCUUACCUCACAGGUGUCAGAGAAGCACAAAGACUCAUCAGCCAUUACAAAUGAACAGCACCAUCCUAUAGAGAACAUAGACUUUGGUAUCAUAAAGAUAACAUUUUAUAAGUGUGUGUUUAUUCAGACUGCUGUAUUACAGUAUGCUGUGUUAAUUGUUAAACAGCUACGUGUUGGCAUGGAUUACUGAUGAAGAAAAAAAUAUAUGUAUGUAUAUAAUAUAUACAAUAAUUAAAAGAUGAUUACAAUUUUAUUAAGUUGUGUUAAUGUCCAGGGGCCCGUUCUUCGUACGUCGCUAACUCAGUUAGCUGGAUUCGAUUGUUGAUGAUUUGGCAUGAUCUUGGAUUAUUUGGUUCUUCGAAGCUCAUUCUAAACUUGCUGUCAUAGCAACAGGUCCGUAAGCUCAAACCUGCUCGGGAGCAGGCUUAUUUCAUGUAAACACGAUUAGUUUGUACCUUUUUAAGCGGAUGUGAUACGGAAAGUCUGACGCAGUCGCGUAUUCUUUAUUAUACGAGCGCAAUCUGCGUAAGAUGCAUGAUUAAUAUAAAGAGCUUUUCAAAUUCAACACGUAAUAAAAAAAGAAUAUAUUAAUUAAAUCUUUUAGCGAUGUUAUUUAAAAAAUAUAUAAUAUAACAAAUAUAUUUUUUCUGUACUUGUGCGACUUGUUUUUGUGUAACAGGUGUUUGAUUAUUAUUCUUAAACGAAUGACAUGCUGAUAACAUUCAUUUUAAAUUUGUUUGAAUUUUCCUUAAUAAAAACAGCAAUCAAUCAUACCCAGCACUAAUAGAUUUUAUGUACAAUAAAGAAUAUUACUCAGUGUGAAAUAAUUUUCAUUUGAAUAAACUAAUCUCCUAUUUUAGUUGUGUCUUUAGAUUGUCAAGUAGCUGUCAUGCAUGAAAGGGUUUUCGUUUAGUAAUUUCUAUCUGUUCUAUCUUUAAAACGUUGUCUACAAAUAUGUUACCCUGUCCCUGUUCUGUGACAAAAAUGACCAAAAUAACCAAAUAAGUUUUUUGCACAUAUUUUCACAUAUCUUUAUCUUCUUUACUACACUUUUCUGUGCAGACUCAGCAGAUGCAGGACUUUCAG